AAGGAUACAAAGAAGGCAAUAUAUUCGCCUUCAGAAUAAGCUCCAAGGCCACUAUCACGCAAGCAGGUCAAUUUUGAACAUCAGGCCGAGGAAGGAUGGAGCAUUAAACAGCACUAGUUUUGCUGAUAUCAUUGCCAUUUGCACCAUCAACUCCCUACCCGAAAAGGAAAAGGCUCCAUUAACUCCAAGCAUGAGCAUCGUUUAUCAUGAAGAGGAGGAGGAGGAGGUGCCCAACCCUUCAAAAAGAUCCAAGUUUCUUGCUGCAUGUCUCAUGGAUGCGUUUUCCAACUGCCAUAUGCCUCGGCUUCGAACUUCAAGCCCAGAAGCAGAGGAUCACCCGGCAAGUGAUGACUUUGAAGAUGAACAGGAACUGAUUGUAUCUGCAAUCCGGAGCCGUGCAAUGGAAAAGCUGAAGCGCAAGCCGAGCAGUUUGAGUUUGACAGAUAGCUUUUCUUGGGUUUACUCUACGAAAACUGGAGAGUUAUACAUAACUCAAAAAGCAGCGGAGAAGAAAGAGGAGUGUGAAGAUGAAGAAGAUGAUGAAAAGGAAGAGUUCUUAUCAGUGGCCAGUUGCUUCUCUUGCUGCUCAGCUAGUGCUGCUGCAAGUAGGGAUGUGUUUCUCUCUGUCAAGACUAGUCUUUCAAGAUGUUCGAGCCUUGAUGGUUUUGAGUUCAACUUCAACGACUUUCAGAAGAGGCAGUCCAUAAUUCAACAGCUGUGCCAUUGUGAGGGCUGGCCGUUUGGCCUUUGCCGGAAGGCUGUGUUGCUUCCGCCUCUGCCCAAGUCUCCGUCGGAGUCGUGGACAUGGCGCAAAGGGACUGUAACAAAAUCGAAGAGCUUACCCUCCAGAUCACAUACAAUGACACCAAAUAUAGUGCCUACAUAGAACCGCUUGCGAUUGCUGAAUAAGAAAGCAGUUACAAUAACAAUAAUUUUCCUCUGUAAAACCAUAUGAUCCGCUUCCGUUGUGAUUUUUGGAAAUUCUACAUAUAUGUAGUGCUACAGUACUUUUUGAUAUGAAAAUUAUCAACUGAAAUUCUUAAAGCAGAUUGGCUGCAAUGUGUUGUAAUGAAACUGUCAAAUAAAACAUCUGACUAAUGGAUUCCCUUGUUAC